AUGGCGACCACCUGCACGGUCCUCAACGGCGCCGUGCGUGCCGUGAAGCUGCUCAAGAUCGACAGUUUCCGCCUGGCGUACAAGACCAUGCGCGAAGGUGAGUUCCUCAGAACCAGCUGGAACGUCGACGGCCACGACGUCGAAAUCCGGUGGUACCCUGGGACAGCGUGGGCACCGCACGAGCUCAUGUUCCUCACCUGCAACGUGAGGGCGAGCUUUGGUUGUCUCCUGGUGCACCCGAGGCUACCAAACAAAUCCAACGAAGAAAAGACCAUCCGUUCUGCUGGAUCAGACUUCACGCCAAGGAGACUACUUGACCGUCCAGUGCACCGUCACGAUUUUGAAGGAGAGCUUGCUUAUACGACAACGACGGUGCCUGCGCCGGCAUCCAACAUGCACCAGCACUUCCGGGAGCUACUGCAGAACGGUACGGGAGCUGACGUCACGUUCCUCGUCUCCGGCAAGACCUUCGCGGCGCACAAGCUCGUGCCCGCCGCGAGAUCCCCCGUUUUCAUGGCCGAGUUCUUCGGCGACAUGAAGGAGAAGAGCUCCUGGAUCGUGGAGAUCAAGGACAUGGAGGCAGCCGUGUUCGGGGCGCUGCUGGAGUUUAUCUACACCGACAAUGUUCCUGAACUUGACCGGGAGCUGGAAGCCGUGGCAACGAUGGCUCAGCAUCUGCUUGCGGCGGCUGACAGGUACGGGCUGGACAGGCUCAAAAUUAUCUGCGAGGGCAAGCUCGUCGGUGGCAUCAGUGCAUCACCGUCGAGACGGCGGCGACUACUUUGGCUUUGGCUGAGCAGCACAAUUGUCCGCACCUCAAGGGGAAGUGCAUUGAGUUUAUCAUCAGUACUCCUGCGAUCCUUGAUGCCGUGGUGGCGACGGAGGGGUAUAAGCAUCCGGAGGCAAGCUGCCCUUCUGCGCUCACUAGCAUUGUCCUGUGCCUGUCUACGCGUGGGAGAAGGAACUGAAGCGUUGCUAGUCGGCUAG